AUGCAUAACAAAGGAGAAGAACUGACAUGGGGAGCUUUCAGACAGAAGUUCUUAGACAAAUACUUUCUAGGAAGUUGUAGAGCAGAGAAAGAAGUUCAAUUCCUCAGGUUGCAUCAUAGUAACAUGAGUGUCAUUGAGUAUGUUGCGAAGUUUGAAUCCUUAGCAAAGUACUCCCGUUUCUUCAACAAUGUGGUUGAUGAAGACUAUAAGUGUGAACCGUUUGAGAGCCUUCUUUGCUAUGACAUCAAAGAGGUUGUUGCCUCAUAUGAGACCCGACAAUAUAAAGCUUUGGUGGAGAAGUGUAAGAAGGUGGAGAACCUUAAGCAUAGUCGUCCAAGCAGGGAUUUUGUAGGGGGACCUCGAGGCACCAGGGAAAUAACUACUCACCGAACAAGGGCAGACAACAAGGGCCUUAUCCACGACCACAAGGAAAUGGAGGAGGGACACAAAUCAUUUGAUUGCCCAACCAAGAAAAUAUAUUGCUACAUAUGUCAGAAGCCAGACCAUCUUACUAAUAAUUUCCCAGAUAGAAACAAGAAUAAUCCCAAGAACAACAAUAACAACAACCAAGUUGGACGUCCGACGGCUCAAGGACGUGUGUACCACAUUGGCGGAGAAGGGGAGAAAGACCAUUCAGAGCUGAUAAAUGGUGAGCGUGAAAUUUAUGGCAAAGUUUUUCCAAUAUUAUUUGAUUCUAGAGAUACUCAUUCUUUUAUCUCUUGGGAGAGUGUGAAUUCCUUACAACUUCCUGUGACACAUUUACCUUUUAAUUUGGUGGUCAUGAUAUCAUCCUCCGAACAUGUGACUCUUAGUGAGGCUUGCCUACAAUGUCCAUUGACUAUCUUGAACAUGAAGUUCAAGGUCGAUCUGAUUUGUAUUACUCUUAAGCAUCUUGGAGUUAUUCUUGGAAUGGACUGGUUGACCAAUAAUUAUAUUCUUUUAGAUUGUGCUCGCAGGUCAGUAAUAUUGCCAGACUUAGGUGUCACUCGGUUCCUCGAAGCUAAUCGAUUGAAGUUUUCCUUGCAUGAAGAUGUUCAGAAGUAUGUGUUUUUAAAUUCUAUCAGCAUGAGCCCAGAAGUCGAUGUUAUUGUCAUUCCAGUGGUGAGAGACUUCUCAGAGGUGUUUCCAGCAGAUGUACCAGGUUUACCACAAAUUUGUGACGUUGAAUUCUCUAUUGAUAUCACUCAUGGAACAUGA